UGCCAGAACUGAAUGUGAGCCAGCAUCUCGAUAACCUGAAGUUAAUUGUUCCCACCUAACCGUAUUUUCCAAACUCAUGUUCUCAAUGCGAUCUUAUCAGAAGAAGGCAAAUUACAAGAGGUAAUGGUUGGGCUAGCGGCACAUGCUUUCAAGUUCAUGACAGCAGAAGAAUCCACUGCUGUCUUCAAGAGGGCGGGGUUUAGAGAAGCCGUAUUAGCUUGUGCUCUGGUCGAGAUCCUGAGGAGCCACCGGAACCCGCGCAUAGAUGUGCCGAGAAUGAGAAGGUUUGCUAUCGAGCUGGCAAUCUGCAUGAUGAGGGACAAAUCGACGAAUGUGCAGAUCUUCAGGGAUCUGGGCAUGGAGGAGGAGCUCGAAGGAGUCUUGGAUACGACAUCAGAGCUAGAGAGCUUCAAUAUUUUCUCUGGCACCAUUGGACUAAGCAGGCACGGCACGACCGCUCACUCACUUGUUGAGACCGCACUUAUGCUGCUGAAGAACAAGAUUGAUCAAACGAUGGGUUACUGACCCAGUGAUGAUGCCAAAUUAUCCAACAAAUGGAAACAUGGCAUGCCAGUUCAUACUCUAAUCCCAGCUGUAAAGAAAUAAAGGUAAUUGCUUCUUUAGCAAAUCUGGCCGGCUUAGUUCCGACGAGACGCUUCUGAAAGUGAUCACCUUCCUUAUUUGUUCGCACGGAAAUUGUGCGAUUUACAGCGCACCACAUGUACUACUACCAAAACAAAUGCAAAGUGUUUACUAUACACCCACACAUUCUUUUAGUUUUCAAUUUAACUCCUGAA